AAAAAAAAAAAAAAAAAGAAGAAGAAAGAGGAAGCCGAUAAAUUAAUUUGGAAACUGCUGAAAGAAGAGCAUUCGCUUCCGGAUUCCGUAUAAAGAGAAGUAGAUUGAUUUCUUCUUCGAGUCCUCUCUACUUUGCUUCGAUUUUCCACGCUCGACACCGCCCUCUCUCUCUCUCUCUCUCUCUCUCUGCUUAGGGUUCGCUCGAUCUCUUCGAUGGCCCUCGCUCUCUGGCUCCUCGCGUAACUGCAAGAGUUAUAGUUAUUUUUACCUUUCUGCUAAGUUCUUUCCUGAUUUGGGAGUUGUUACCUGCUUUGAGUCUGAUGAUUGGGUCUUCAGAGAAUUAGAGGAGGAUGGUUUCGUGAACUUAUGUUUCUUGUUUCUUCUGUGAAGAUGGGAUGGUCCCUGUUUUAGCCAACUCCUUGAAGUGGCGUUGUAGUUCAAUAAAGGAAAAUACUAUGAUUUUUUCUUUCACUACCGUUGUUGAACAAUGGGAACAUGGUAGAGAGUUUCGUAGAUUUCUGUUUUGAUGGAGUCAGAAUUACUGUUUUGUCAACAUGCAGUCGGUUCCAUUUUUGCAUGUAGAGUAGAAUAACUUUGGUUUUAAAGAAUGGAUGAGUACAGAGAAACUGAGUUUCUACUUCCAAGUUGGUUCAGCAAGAACCAAUCUGACAUGGCAGAAUCUCGUGUCUUCAUCAUUUCUUGCCUUUUGGCUGGCUUAAUUGGGAUCUUGACCAUAGCCUACACUGCCUUCCAAUGGAGAAGAAAUAUCAACUUGAGUUGGAUGAAAGCUAUAGCCAGAUCAAAGAAAAACCCAAAGGCAAGGAACAAGGUUCCUGGUGCUCCUCAUACAUGGAUAUUGGAAUCUGUUUCUCGAGGGAAAAGUUUAAAUUGCUGCGUGUGCUUAAAAUCAGUGUCCCCUUCUCAAUCUCUUGGACCAGUGGUGGCCUCAGACACUUUCAUACAUUGCUGUAGCAUAUGUGGAGUGGCAGCUCACCGGAGCUGCUCCUCGAAUGCACACAAGGAUUGCAAGUGUGUGUCUAUGGUUGGUUAUGACCAUGUGAUACACCAAUGGGCAGUCCGAUGGACUGAGGUAACAGAUCAAUCUGAUGAAACUUCUUUCUGCACCUAUUGUGAAGAGUCAUGCAGUGGUUCUUUCCUUCGAGGAUCCCCCAUAUGGUGUUGCUUGUGGUGCCAACGGCUCGUACAUGUUGACUGCCAUGGCAGUUUGUCCAAUGAAACAGGUGAUAUUUGUGAUUUGGGCACAUUCAGGAGGCUUAUUUUAUCACCGCGUUUUGUUAAGGAGUUGCCCUAUUCUUCCUCCGGUGGACUUUUGAGUUCCAUCACUCAUGGAGCUAAUGAGAUUGCAUCUUCUAUGCGUGCUACUAUUAGGAGUCAAAGCAAGAAGCAGAAGCAGAAGCAGAAGCAGGGAGCUGAAGCCUCGUUUGACACAGGUGAUAGCAGUAACUUUGGUGACAUAUCCACAGAAAGUACAGCUGAUACCCAUCAAAUAAUUAAUGGUUCUCAGAGAAAGGGGGAUAGCAGCAAAAGCAACACAAGUAUUGACAAUGGGGAUCGGCAACCAGAUGGUGAUACUGUUAAAAAAUUGGAUUCAAAACGUAGUCUUAAAAGAAGCUCAUCAAUCGGUCAAAAAGAUGAGUCCCAGAUUGCAGGGUUGAAACAGAGAUACGAGUUGACUGAUUUGCCACCAGAGGCAAGACCCUUGUUAGUUUUCAUUAACAAAAAGAGUGGGGCUCAACGUGGAGAUUCACUGAGGAUACGUUUAAACAUGCUCUUGAAUCCUGUUCAGGUUUUCGAGUUGAGUGCUACACAAGGACCAGAGGCAGGUCUGUAUUUAUUUAAAAGGGUGCUCCACUUCAGAAUUCUUGUAUGUGGAGGAGAUGGUACUGUUGGCUGGGUUCUGAAUGCCAUAGACAAACAAAAUUUUGUUUCUCCUCCUCCGGUUGCAAUUCUUCCUGCCGGAACAGGAAAUGAUUUGGCCCGAGUUUUGUCGUGGGGAGGUGGUUUGGGUUCAGUGGAGAGACAAGGGGGCCUUUGCACGGUGUUGCACCACAUAGAACAUGCUGCAGUAACUAUUCUUGAUCGUUGGAAGAUAACAAUCUUAGACCAGGAGGCAAAGCAACUUCAACCCGCAAAAUUCAUGAACAAUUAUCUAGGGGUUGGUUGUGAUGCAAAGGUUGCUCUGGAUAUCCAUAAUCUACGGGAGGAGAACCCAGAAAAGUUCUAUAACCAGUUUAUGAAUAAAGUUCUUUAUGCAAGAGAGGGUGCUAGGAGCAUAAUGGACAGGACAUUUGAAGAUUUUCCUUGGCAAAUUAGGGUGGAGGUGGAUGGUGUUGAUAUAGAAGUCCCUGAGGAUGCAGAAGGUGUUCUUGUUGCUAAUAUUGGAAGCUAUAUGGGUGGUGUAGAUCUGUGGCAAAAUGAGGAUGAAACUAAUGAUAAUUUUGAUCCACAGUCUAUGCAUGAUAAGAUAUUGGAGGUUGUGAGCAUAUCAGGGACAUGGCACCUUGGAAAGCUUCAGAUUGGGCUUUCUCGGGCUCGACGACUUGCCCAAGGGCAGUCAAUUAAGAUUCGGCUUCUUGCUGCGUUCCCUGUUCAAAUAGAUGGAGAGCCUUGGCUUCAGCAACCAUGUACACUGGCUCUCUCUCAUCAUGGACAGGCCUUCAUGCUGAAGAGGGCAGCAGAGGAACCACUGGGCCAUGCAGCCGCCAUCAUUACUGAUGUGCUUGAGAAUGCUGAGACAGAUCAUGUGAUCAGCGCAUCACAGAAGCGUGCUCUUCUUCAAGAAAUGGCAUUGAGGCUGUCCUAGAAAUGGCAUUGGAGAUCUCUCUGCUUCUGCUUCUGCUUCUACGCCUUUUGGCCUCUCCUUUUGAUGUUCAUGUCUUCUGAGAUUGAAAUUAUCACUGAAAGCUCAAACCUGUAGUGAAUGAAUCUUCAAUUAGCGGCAAAUCAAGAGGGAACACUUCCGAGGCAGUUUCUUAUUUGGCCCUUUUGGGAUUGUUGUAGGUGGUAUUUUACAAUGAAAUGGGACAAGGAUAUGUUAUUGUUUGGUUGUUCAUAUGCACAGCAGAGUGAGAGUGGUGGUUAGUUGCGCAAAUGAAUGGAUAGCUUGUGAUGGUUGUGGAUUCCAAUUCAGGGUACCACUUUUCAUUCUACACAAACCAAUUUGAUUGAGUAGCUACAGAGACCAGAUGCCUAGGAAUAUCUAUCAUGUAAGGAUUUGGUUGACUCGGUUUCAUCACUUGGCCUAUAUUCUACGACCAACUUGAAGGCAUAGGCUCUGGCAAGCUGCAUCUUCACAGCUCAAAGCCGCAGCGGGGUUCAAGAUUUGUUCAUUUGGGGUUCUAUUUAUAUCAACCGCAAGGAAGCAAAAGUUCUGUGCAGCUUCAUCAUUCCACCAGAUAUGUGUUUUUUGCUUUUCAUAAUUCGUUUUCUUCUUUACAUGACUAGUAUAAUCUUCUCUUUUGCUGGGGUUGAAAUAAUAGUUGCGAGAUUUUACCGGUUUUUGUGCCUUGGGUCCUCGAUAUCUUUGGCUGUGGAUUCCCUUAUCUUUGUAUUGAUUCUUUAUUUUAUUAUCUGUAUUGAACUUAAAAACUGUAAUUUGCUUUAUAUUUGUUCCCUCA